UUGACAGCAGCCUUUAUCAGUGAGAGCCAGCUGGCAGUAGCACACACUCUGAGAGCAACUGUAAAAAACAGAGUCAUCUGCUGAAGACGCGACGCACUGAAGUGAUUAGGAACCAUGAAGAUGUUUCUGCUCAUGUGUCUUCUCCUCUUGUUUGGAGGUCAAAGGUCCUCCGCCUGUCCCCAUCUCUGCUCCUGUCACGGCAGCCAGGUGGACUGCAGCAGCAGAUCUCUCACAGCUUCUUCGCUGCCUUCCAGUUUCUCUGCUGGGACCUCCGAGCUCCGUCUCCACAAUAACCUGCUGACCACCCUCCCUAACGGGCUCCUGGACGAUCUGACCUCCCUCCGCUCCGUCUCUCUUCACGGUAACCCCUGGGCAUGUGACUGCGGCAUCCUCUACCUGCGAGCCUGGCUGCUGCGCCAACCUGCUGGCAGCAGAUCACACGUGGGGGUCAACUGCAGCUCCCCACCCAAACUGAGAGGUCGGCUGGUGGCGUAUUUAACUGAGCAGGAGGUGCUGGACUCCUGCCACUACUGGUACUGUGACCUGGCUUUGGCCUCGCAAGUGUGUCUGCUUGUAUUUGUGGUCGUGCAGGCGGCUCUGCUCGUGGCUCUCAUCUUCUUCCUCAAGAGGUUCGAGAAGGUGUCUAAAGAAGCAAAGAGAAUCACAGAGGAGAGCUUUACCCCCGCGGAUGGUCAGAGGGAGAACGAGUACCUGCCUUUAAAGCCGUGAUGUGCGAAGGGCUGAUUAGCAUUUGAACACCAGGGAUAAAACCUCUGUCACUGUGAUUUAAAGUUCAGGUGACAAGUUGAAGGAGUAACCUGAAAAUAAAUAUAUUCAGAUAUGUAGAAACAUAAAUAUAUUAAACACACCAAGUUUCAGCUUCAUUUCAGGAGAGCACUUGUGAGGAAGAUUUUAGAUCUGAAAGGCUUGAAUAUAGUUUUUCCCUUUAAUUUGUCACAUGUCCAGUUGCAGACCACAGUAGACCACUGUAAAAUAAACUAAAUAAAAACAAAGAUUAUUUUAUCUGAGAGUAAAUAAACUAACGUGUUAAUAAUAUCAUUGUGUUUUCUCUUUGCACGUAUCUGAUCAAAUGAUGUAUGAAACCUGAUUUAUCUACAAAAUGUUAUUUAAAAAUCAUAUUUCAUGAUUUUUAAAUAAAAUAAUAAUCCAUGUGUUCUUAUUAUCUGGAUUUAAGCAUAAUUGAAGACCAAAUGAAGGGCAGAUAUGUUGUUUGUAUCUGUUUAGGGCAAUUUCGUGUUGUUUAUUCUUUUGAGUGUUAUUUUAGGAUAAAUCUCAUGAUGUCUUUUGCCAUUUUACGUUCAUACAUUGUGUAAUUUGUAAGAAAACAAAGCAAAACAAAUUAUUCUGAUUGAUGUUUUGUCAUAUUUGUGUAACUUUUAAGCACAAAACAAAUGGUUUGAUUAAAAUUUUUUCUAAUUGUUUCAAAACAUUAUACACUUUUUUCACAACUAC